AUGGAGCUUACAAUGGAGAGCAUUGGCAACCUGCACGGGGUGGCUCACUCGCACCAAAGCGGGGACCUCAUGAACUCCCCCCACCACGCGCGGCAGCCGUCGGCGGCGUCGCACCGGAACUUGGUGUCGUCCCACGGCCGCUCGGCCAUGGUGUCCAGCAUGGCCUCCAUCCUGGAGGGCGCGGGCGACUACCGCGCCGACCACGCGCUCUCCGGGCCCUUGCACCCGGCCAUGAGCAUGUCGUGCGACUCGGGGGGCAUGAGCCUGAGCAGCACCUACACCACCUUGACGCCCCUGCAGCACCUGCCGCCCAUUUCCACAGUCUCGGAGAAAUUCCACCAUCCGCACCCGCACGCGCACCCGCAUCACCACCCGGCGCACCAGCGGCUGGCGGCGGGCAACGUCAGCGGGAGCUUCACGCUCAUGCGGGACGACCGCAGCCUGGCCUCCAUGAGCAACCUGUACGGCCACUACCCCAAGGACAUGGCCGGUAUGGGCCAGUCGCUGUCCCCGCUCUCCAACGGAUUGGGGCCUUUGCACAGCUCCCAGCAGUCCCUCGGCGCCUACGGCCCCGGAGCUCACCUCUCCAACGACAAGAUGCUCUCCGCAGGAGGGUUCGACUCCCACGCCGCCAUGCUGUCCCGGGGCGAGGAGCACCUGGCGCGGGGACUCGGCGGCCACGGCGCCGGCCUCAUGACGUCACUCAACGGCAUCCACCACCACAGCCAUCCGCACUCUCAGGCCAACGGCUCCAUGCUGUCAGAGCGGGACCGGCAGACGGUGGUGGGGGGCGGGCAAGGAGGAGGCGCCGGCCAGGUGGAGGAGAUCAACACCAAGGAGGUGGCGCAGCGGAUCACGGCGGAGCUCAAGCGCUACAGCAUCCCGCAGGCCAUCUUCGCCCAGAGGAUCUUGUGCCGCUCGCAGGGGACGCUGUCCGACCUGCUGCGGAACCCUAAACCGUGGAGUAAACUCAAGUCGGGGCGCGAGACCUUCAGGAGGAUGUGGAAGUGGCUCCAGGAGCCCGAAUUCCAGCGGAUGUCGGCGCUGAGGCUUGCAGCCUGCAAGCGCAAAGAGCAGGAGCAACACAAGGACCGCAACAGCGCGCCCAAGAAGCAGCGGCUGGUCUUCACCGACCUGCAGCGCCGCACGCUCAUCGCCAUCUUCAAGGAGAACAAGCGGCCGUCCAAGGAAAUGCAGAUCACCAUCUCCCAGCAGCUCGGCCUGGAGCUCAGCACCGUCAGCAACUUCUUUAUGAACGCGCGGCGCCGCUGCGUGGACCGCUGGCAUGACGACCACGGCACCAGCCCCGGGCAGCCGGGCACCUCCGCCACCACCUUCUCCAAGGCCUGA